CGCAGGUAAAAUGGCAGUCGCCGAACGGAGUUCAGCCGUGUUUCAAUCAUAAGCUCGCGGUUUCGGAAAUUACAGGAGCAACCGGGUAAAGAAGAAGAAUGGAACGUGCACGAAAAAUUAGUUUCGAAAGCAAAGUCUAGCGAGUGUCGUUGUCGCGUCUCGCAAUAAUAUAUACCGGCUUCUUGUCGUGUUUCCCCUCGACCAAUCUGGUUAGCUGUACUCUGAGAGUCUCGAGUCGCCGUGGCAAACACGAUUCACGCUCUCGCAUCUCAUAGAUCACGCGAGAUCCUCUUCGGGUGUCAGGUUGGAAAUUAUCUGAAGGGAAUCGAUCGAGCACGACCAAGCUUUCGCGUUACGGUUCCACGCCACGGAUCGAAGAGAAUUCGGCUUGGUGCGGUGGUCGUAGUCGAAGCCGGAUCAACUCUCAAAAGCAGUCGUCAACGGAGAAGAGAUAGGUUCGAUUUUUUCGGGAUUGAAGAAAUUUUAAUCCAACAAAUCCCCUUGUAACUCUUACACUUUCAUCGGCGGGUACACGGUGAAAAGAAAAAAAAAGAGAUCCGACGAUGUGACGUAACUGCGCGGCAUGAUAAUAGAUACGAACGUAAACCACCUGCGUCCACGAUCAGAUAAACGGACCGAAUUCGAGUUCGGCAAGCAGAAGGAACACGUCCGAGAAAGGAUUUAGUGUUUGACCUUCGCUGAGAAAUCCUGUCGGCAGCAACAAUGAAAAUGGAGAUGUUUCUAACGCGUUAUCGGAUAUCGUGAAAGAAGCUCUCAGUCGAGGACGGUGGUUAACACCGGUGACGAGAUUGUGGACAAAUGUAAUUCAAAUGCAAACUGUCGAGAGAUAGUUGGUAACUCGCGGUUGCACUUGCACGCGUUCACGGAGGAACCGGUAUCGUGCAUCUUUCGACGUGCAUAUAUAAUGGCGGAGCAUAGGUUGGAGCAGCUGAAGAAGGCGACGGACAGAAUACAGAAGGAGAUCGAAGAGGUCACGGAGAGGGAGCACGAGCUGAGAAACGUGGGUAGCAUUAAAACCACGUCCCACGAGACGGUGGAUUCCAAGGUGCGUCGCAUGCCACAAGCUUUGGCCUCGGGAAAACUGAAGAGAACAACGUCCACGCCACAAAUUCUAGAAGCAGUCAACCUUACACCGUCUACGCCUACCUUAACGCCAAAGAUGACGAAUGGAGUCAUAUCCAGUCGCACCACUCCGACACCUUUGCGUUUUGCAACGGCACCUAGUCAGAAAGGGCUGAUGCACAGGUUUCUGGCGACUAGGGGGAAAAUAUACAAACCAAAAUCUGCGGGUAACGACGCGCUAACACCACCCAUGGCACCCAGUAUCACGCUCAAUCCGCUGAGCAUCAAGGCUUUCAAUAGAAGUCUGGAAAUUCAACUCGAACCAGACGAUGAGCCCAAAAAGCCUCCCGUUAGAAAGGGAUACGUCCCUGUGGAAGAAAAAAUUCAAAAGGAAUUACAUGAGAUGAAAGAGCGAGAAAACGAGCUUAGAUUAAUGCGGUCUCAAAUGUUGGCCAAGUCUCAACCAAAUCUUUUGGACAUUGGAAAUGAUAACGAUUCCGAUAUCUAUGAUGGUUCAAGUUCGUUAAGAAGCGGUACCUCGACAAAUACUUUAAAUGAGGAUGAAAUAGAAAAAGAAGCUAAAGGAAAACAUAAGCCAAAUCCACGACGUAGGAGCACUCUCAUCGCACAAUGGGAAAAUUUGAUAGCUGCAAAGAAGGAGUCUAAUGACAAUAACAACGAGAGCGAUCUAAAUUUCUAAAAAAUUUCACCACCUUGUAAAAAAUAAGUAAUCAAUGUUUAUCCUCGUCUUAACAUUAUCCCUUUUAAGUACUCAAAUCAUUUAAGUGAAUGGUAUGAGCCUUAAAGUGUGCUGCAACACUUUUAGUAUUUCAAGCACACAUAUGUAUAUUUCAGGCUAAUAUAUAUUGCUGGUUUUAUUCAUUUUUCAGUUUUCAAAUUAAUUUAUUUAAUGUUACGAUAAAUAUUUAUUCAAAAGUAAAACAUUUACCUGAUUAAACAUAUAUUAUAUUUAAUGUCUUUUUUGUUUCUUUUUUUUUUUUUAAUGUUUUCAGUAUUAAGAAAAAAAAUUAUCAGUAAUGAAAAAAAAAAUUAUCUUCCCUUUGUACGGGUCAACAAAUAUUAUUAAGUAUUACAAGCAUAUAUUUAAUAUAUCCGCUUGUUAAUUGUAAUAUAUAUACCUAUUAUUAUAUUAUAUAGACACAUAAAAAUGACUGAGAAUUCCUAAUUCUAAAGAUUUCCUUUAACAUGUGCUAUAUAAUCAUUAUUAUAGAUCAUAUAAGCAAGAUAAUAUGUAUUAUGUACUUAAUCAAUUGUAAAGAAUAAUUGUAUUCAAUUUACUUGCAUAUGUGAUAGUAUCGUUCCGAUAUAGUAAUAAUAAAAAAAUAGUUUGUGCAACUAUGUAAUUAAUAAGAUACAUAUUUCAAAACUU